AUGGCAUCCGUGAGGAUUCGAGAGGCCCAGGAGGGAGAUUGUGGAGACAUUCUGAGGCUGAUUCGGGAAUUGGCCGAGUACGAAAACCUCUCGGAUCAGGUGCAGAUCAGUGAAGAAGCCCUGAGGACAGAUGGUUUCGGAGAGAAUCCUUUCUAUCACUGCAUGGUGGCGGAGAGUCUUACAGCGCCCGGUGAGCCACAAGGGCCCCGCGUAGUGGGCUUUGGGCUGUACUAUUUAAUCUACAGCACUUGGAAGGGCCGCAGUGUGUAUCUGGAAGACAUCUAUGUGAUGCCCGAAUAUAGGGGUCAGGGGAUUGGUUCCAGAAUAAUUAAAAAGGUGGCUGAGGUGGCCCUGGAUAAGGGCUGCUGCCAUUUCCGCCUGGCAGUACUGGACUGGAACAGGAGGGCCAUGGACCUGUACAAGGCUCUAGGAGCCCAAGAUCUGACUGAAAUGGAGGGCUGGCACUCUUUCUGUUUCGAAGCAAAGGCUAUGAGGGAUUUGGCAGGAAGGUGA